GAGGAGGCAUUGGAGGGGUACCCUGGGAGACAGGGACGAGGCACACUUCGACAGGGGAUGCGCUCACGUCACGGGGUGGAUUGUGGCACCGCACACGUUUCUCCCUCGCUCCCGUUGCCACGCCCAGAUCCUUCUUUGGCGCUGGGCAUCGCAGGCCCCGGACCGCAGCUGCCUCCCGAGAUGGACACACAGGGUGCCAGUGCCCAGAGCAGCGGCAUACGGGAGCACGACUCCCGAGGUACUGGGCUUCGCCAUGUAGUUCCCCCUGUAGUUUCUGGCGCACGGGCGAUGAUGCCAUUGCCGCCGAGAGACCCCUCAAUCAUCAUCGAGCCGAUUCGACCAUUUGUUGGUCGCAAGAGAAAGACAGAGAGUGUCAGCGGACAGGAGGCAAGGGGAGUUGCAGGUUGUGGCAGAGGCAGAGGCCGACCAUUGGGAGAGGGGAGGGGUGCGGGCGAGAGGGUUAUGUCUGCAGCGGGACGCGGGAGAGGAGUGGGGCGUGGGAGAGGAGAGGGACGUCCCAGAGGCCGACCACCAGGAUGGGGGAGAGGAGAGGGACGUGCCACGACACGAGGGGGCGGUGUACCACGGAGGAGAGCCCCCGCAGAUGGAAGAGACGUUCAUGCGGACGCAGUGCCGGUCACAUCAUCGAGCACCGAGGAGGAGGAGGGCAUAGCAUUGCGCAUCACCAGGCGGCGCAGGGGAGAGGUGACGACGGGGGCAGCACUAGCAUCCGCGGCCACAUCAGGCUCGAGCAAAGCGGCAUCAUCAGGCGACCCGGAUUUCGAGGGGGGUGUUGAGGUGGACGAGGAGGAGGCAGAGGCCGAUGCAGACAUUGCGGCGGGAGAGGGUGACAUGUCAGGAUAGUUUUGUACAUUUUUUCGUUUUGUGUUCAGCCAGCUUGGGUGGCUCGAAUGAAGCGUUGCUGGAUUU